AUGGCCUUCGAGCAUGCGUUUUCUGAGCGACUGCCCCAAUUCGGGGCCACGCUGGAGCAGAAUGCCGAAAGGUCUGCGAAAGCGGCGGCCUGGGCCAAAGGAAUCCAUGUGGCUGAUCCUGCUGGAACCAUGAAGCAGAUGUUCAACACCUUCAUCGGCAAGAGGCUGCUUCAGCACGAGGUGGACAAGGAUCAGAAGAGUUCAGGCCAAUGCCCAGGGCAGGAGGCCAAGCAGUCGAGCGAAGGUUCCAGCUCAUCGUCUUCCUCCAAGCGGGAGAAAAAGAAGAAGGAGAAGAAGGUGAAAUCCAAGAAGGGGAAGAAGGGCAAGAAAGUGCAGAAGAGCAGUGGUGAGAAGAAAGAAGCCGCCGAGAUAAAGGCACGGCUGAAGCGGGAGAGAGAGGCUGGUGAUGCCGAGGCCAGCCUGGACCCCAAGUACGCAAAGAUCAUCGAUCGCUUCCGGCAGAACGUCAAUCCCUUGCUGAAGAAGACAACCUAG